AUGUCUUGCGGUUUACCACUUCGCGUGCUGAUCACCGGUCGACCAAGAAGAGCGGACUGCGUUUGGGGACAGCCCGUCUUGCGGUUUCUUCGCGUGCUGAUCACCGGUCGACCAAGAAGAGCGGACUGCGUUUGGGGACAGCCCAUCCAGUGUAGUGCAAGUGAUGUUGGGCCCGGACUAGUUCGCCAGUCUGUGGAAUGUGCUACCACAAUCCUCUACGUGGUUAUCGGUGAAGUCUAUUCGCUCAUCACAUACUUGGGCUUUGUCAUGUUGCUGGCUGUCGCCAUCUCGAUUCUAAUAGUCAUCAUUUUCCGAUUCACACGACCCACCAUGGAAAGACCGGUGAAAGGAUCCAUAUGUCCAGGCACAGAGUAG